AUAAAAAACGGCUGGUCCCCCGGGAUCGGUCAUUCGUGCGGCGGGAGCACCCACGGACGCUAGUAGCCGCAGACCCACUGACCUCCGCCGGACCUCCUCUCAUCAUGAACUCGGAAGCGUGCUUACUGCUGCGAGUGGCGCUGGGGCUGGCGUUGCUUGCUUCCUCACACGCGUUUUUCCUGAAAUGGGGCUCAGAUCCAUCGCGGCAGUCCAGCAUGAAGCAGUGGUCGUCGGGCAUGCCGGGCGCGCUGCCGCCGCAGUACCGCUACUACUCCUACAACCCGUACGACCAGCGCAAGAUCUACCAGAUGCAGGGGAUCCCGCAGUACGCGCAGCCCGAGAUGAGCCUGCAGCAGAACAUGCAGCCGAUCCCGAUCAGCGUGCCGGCCGGCGCCAGCCUCACGCCCGUGUCGCUGCAGCACGUGCAGCUCGUGCCCUGCAUGUGCCCCGUGGCCCCCGAGGAGGCCGACAAGCUGCAGGAGCAGGUCGGGCCCGGGCCCUACCUGGCGCAGACCUACGCGCCCCAGUCCUACGCCGUGCCGCAGCAGAUGACCGUCAAUCAAGACGCCAACAAAAACAACGGCAAACAGUGAUGGCCGAGUCUAGUGUAUGUGUAGUUAAUUUAAGUAACCGAUUAAUGUAUAAUUUAUUACUCAGACUGAAUCUUGUGAGAUUGAUAGCACCUCUUUGUGUAACUGUAGUCGAAUAAAGUAAUUAGGAAGUUU